GAGAGGUCCUGCAGAGACGCGCCGAAGCACUCCAGCAGCCGUCCGAGGAGGAAACAUCAUGGCUACGACUACUUGUACGCGUUUUACAGAUGAAUACCAGCUGUACGAGGAGCUUGGCAAGGGGGCCUUUUCAGUGGUGCGCCGCUGUGUCAAACUCUGCACAGGCCAAGAGUACGCCGCCAAAAUCAUCAACACCAAAAAGCUCUCUGCCAGAGAUCAUCAGAAACUGGAGAGAGAAGCCAGGAUCUGCAGACUGCUCAAACAUCCAAACAUCGUUCGUCUCCAUGACAGUAUCUCAGAGGAGGGCUUCCACUAUCUCCUCUUUGACCUGGUGACAGGAGGCGAGCUGUUUGAGGACAUUGUGGCCAGAGAGUACUACAGUGAAGCAGACGCCAGUCAUUGCAUCCAGCAGAUCCUGGAGGCCGUGCUCCACUGCCAUCAGAUGGGGGUGGUACACAGAGACCUCAAGCCUGAGAAUCUGCUGCUGGCCAGCAAGUGUAAGAACGCCGCCGUCAAACUGGCCGACUUCGGACUCGCUAUCGAGGUUCAAGGAGACCAGCAGGCAUGGUUCGGUUUUGCAGGGACUCCGGGCUACUUGUCCCCGGAGGUGCUGAGGAAGGAGGCGUACGGUAAACCUGUUGACAUCUGGGCCUGCGGUGUGAUCCUUUACAUCCUUCUGGUUGGAUAUCCUCCCUUCUGGGACGAGGACCAGCACAAACUCUACCAGCAGAUCAAGGCUGGAGCGUACGAUUUUCCCUCCCCAGAGUGGGACACCGUGACUCCAGAGGCCAAAAAUCUGAUCAACCAGAUGCUGACGAUCAACCCCGCUAAGAGAAUCACGGCCCAGGAGGCUCUGAAGCACCCGUGGGUCUGCCAACGCUCCACGGUGGCCUCCAUGAUGCACCGACAGGAGACCGUCGAGUGCCUGAAGAAGUUCAACGCCAGGAGGAAACUCAAGGGCGCCAUCCUGACCACCAUGCUCGUCUCCAGGAACUUCUCUGUGGGCCGGCAGACCACGGCCCCUGCCGCCGUCAGCGCCGUGGCUGGAACCACCGCCGGCAUCGUGGAGCAAGCAGCCAAGAGUCUCCUCAACAAGAAGGCUGAUGUCAAGCCCCAGACAAACAGCACGAGAAACAGCAUAGUCACCAGUCCCAAAGGCAACGUCCCCUCUGCUGCACUGGAGCCUCAGACUACUGUAAUCCAUAACCCAGUAGAUGGGAUCAAGGAAUCAUCCGACAGCAGCAACACCACCAUCGAGGAUGAAGAUGUUAAAGCUCGCAAACAGGAGAUCAUAAAGAUCACAGAGCAGCUGAUCGAAGCUGUCAACAAUGGAGACUUUGAGGCCUACGCGAAGAUCUGCGAUCCCGGUCUUACCUCGUUCGAACCCGAGGGUCUGGGAAACCUGGUGGAGGGGAUGGACUUCCACAGAUUUUACUUUGACAAUCAUCCCUCUCUCCCGUCAGUCCUCUCCAAGAACAACAAACCCAUCCACACCACCAUCCUCAAUCCCCACGUGCACAUGAUCGGGGACGAUGCCGCCUGCAUCGCGUACAUACGCCUGACGCAGUUCGUGGACGGGCAGGGCCGUCCUCGCUCCAGCCAAUCAGAAGAGACCAGAGUAUGGCACCGCAGGGACAGCCGGUGGCAAAACGUCCACUUCCACUGCUCAGGAGCCCCCGCUGCCCCCAUGCAGGGAUGAGAGACUUGUGAGGAGGCAGAGAGGAGCAGAAUAAGUGGAUAAUCCAAGAGAGUGUGUCAGCACUGAGAGAGAGGUGCAGGUGGAUGGAGCGUGGCUUAAAGGAGUCUGAAGAGUCUCAUUUAAGGGAUCGUGGUCGUCCCCCUGCGCUCUGCACACCCACCUGGCUCUUCUCUCUCUCUCUCUCUCUCUCUCUCUCUCUGUUUUUUUCUUUUUUGUCUUUACAACCUCAAACACAGACUGACACUCCCAUCGCCAAAACCCACGCUACAGCAGAGGGCAUAUCAGCCAAAAAAAGGAAACUCUUUAGCCCGCGUCAUGGCUUCAGUCUGUGGCUACGGAUGCCCAAAAACACCUGGAUAUUCUGGUCCCCUUUGAUUGUGAGCAGCGUGGCGCUCUCCUGUUGCCCUUUUACGUCUCUGAUUAUUGUUCCUUAAUCUCGUAUUAUUCUGGCUGCAGUCUGUGGUUGUGCUCUUUACACUGUACAGUAUAUUUAUUAGUCCUCCUGAUAUCUUCUUCUUUUUUUAUAACGAGCAUGUCUCUUAUUACCCGUGGCUGUUUUUUCUGCACGACUAAGGCUGCCUGUGUGAAAUGAACAAACGACACCACGUGUCUCACAGAGGAGAGACCAGUGGGUGUGUUUAAUUUGUUUGUUAUUCAAUGGAGCUUUUUAUUUUUGAUUUGUUUCCCUCCUCUUCCUCUUUUGGAGUGUAUUUGACCCCGAACCAACGCCUCAGUGUGUCCGCCCAGAUCCCUCUGAGCCGCUCUGUGAGACAGUGAAAACCAUGCAGCAUGCUAAGAUAUAUCUGUCGUUUUGACUGAUUCUCUAUGUACUGAACAUUGCAAGUUAACUACUGAGAUUAUGACAAUGGUUGAAAUUAUAGUAUCACGCUGUUUAUGUAAAUUUUACAGUUUCAUCGUGGUGACUUGACUACAAAUAUGCUGUAGAUGGUAUUUAAUUGCAUGAUAUUCCAAGUUAAUAACAUUGCUAAGUUGGGUGUUAUCGUGCAUUUUGUUGAUUUUUCUCUUUUUGGACUGAACUGUCGGUGAGCUAUGAUCUGUUGCCUCUAUUUUCUGGGCUUUGUAAGUGCAUAAACUUAAACUUUUGUGUUUAUAUGAUAGUGUAGUAUACGAGGGUACCGUGAGGAUGACGACAGAAUAUGCCUUUUAAAGAAAUUGCUGGAUCCAGAUAAGUUUUAAUAAUGCUCUUUUACUCUAUCCAAGACAAAAGCCAAGAUAUUAAGUCUUCUUUUAUUUUUAUUAGAAUAGAUUUAAGUAGAUAUAUAUGAUAUAUGCAUAGCUUAAAAGGUUUUAUUUUAAAAAAGAGGAUGUAUAGCUAAGAAGUGUUGGAAUAACUUUACCUUACAUCAAAUUUAAAGUCUUAUAACAGUUUUAAAUCAUUUAAAUUUAUAAGAAAAGUUGAUUUAUCAAGUUUUACUCUUACACAGAGGCGUCUGUCCAUUGAAGGCCAGCAACUGUAUAUAUAAAAUGGACGUAUCCAUCCAAAAAUCACCCAUUAGCUCAUUUACUACCACUCUGAAGCCAAAAACUUUGCCUUUUGGCUGCUACCAUCUUGGUUUUUGGAGUCUGAAUGGACCAAAUGUCAAUGAAUAGUAGUAUUUGAGGACAAGAAGGGGUUGGUUAAAUGCUGUAUUACUAGCUAAUAGCUUGUUAACAAAUGCGUUGUAUUAUGCAAAAUUUGGAUGCUAAACGUGGCUAGCAUGGGUUUAAACAACAAUGACUUUGCAAAAUAUUCCUCAGAAUGUCAGUGCUGAAAAAUGAAACCAAUGUAAAUGUGCAAAAAGCUGUAGUUGCAGCCAGGCUGCAAAAUUAGAUUCCCUUUUACAGCAGGAAUAAACAUGUUAACAGCCAGAUUCAUAAAAGUAACAGGUUGUUUGCAGCAAACUCUGAAUGGGGGGCAGGAAGUGAUAUCUGCAUGGAGAAGCAACGUUUUGUGCAUUUAUAGCCAUGUCAAGGGGUCAAAUUUGGGGGAAAAAUCAUUCUAAAGCUACUUUUGAGUCCUAAAAUUAGUGACAAAUUCAGACAAGAACUUUCAAAAGCUAAUGGAGAAACAUUGUCUGUCGUAAGUCUAGAAAAGCGGACUCAGACAACACUCAUAUAUGGUCUGUUUCCACUGAGCUGUCUGGUUUGGUUCAGUACAGUCUAUCGCGGUUCAUCACAGUUAACCCUGAUCUUGCUUGUGUUUCCAAUGUCCAGCCUGCUUCGUUUAUUGUGAUAGGAAAUCAGUCUCUUUUUAGAUCAUUUAGCUCAGCUCAGUAAUAAGUAAGAAUGUUCCUAAGCGUCUAUUUCCUUAUUCAGCGAAACGCUCCUUUAAAUUUCGUUUAACCAACCAGUCUAAAGAGGAGAAAAUCCUUAGAAGACAGUCAGAUUCCUCACAGUGGGUGUGUUUGCCUGAUACAGCAUGGCUAACAUUAGCAGCUAGCUCUUCCAGCCUUUGUCCCUCUUUGCAGAUUAAUAUUGUGCUUUGACUACAUGCUAACUGCUUAGCCACCGCUGAGCUUCUCGUAUUUAUGUGAAGUAGUGGACAUAGCUCAGACAGGAAUCCUGCAGCCAUGAACUAAAGCACCAGCAGCCUCUGGUGGUGGGAGGUUCAUUACAGUUUAAAAGAGCAUUAUAGACCAAGAUUUCAAGCCCGUGCUUAAACAAAAUGGAAGGUAAUCAGUCUUACUGACUCAUAAAUCUCACACCGUCUAAUUUGACCAAGAAAUUUAACCAUUUAACUGCAUGCAUCCCUAGUAAUAAGAGCUGGUCUCUGGCUCCCAAACAGUUUUUUCAUUUAGUGUCAGACUUUUCAAAUGUGGAUUAAAUGAAGAGAAAAAUGGAAGUAGGAACUGUAAACUGACUCUCAAACAGGAGCCAGCUCCGUCAUUCAUAAAACAAGCCAGCCUGUUUGUGAACGUGUGUCAUUUCUCGCUCUCCUACCCAAUGGUAUACGUCUCUAAUAGUGUAUCAGCAUUUCCAUUAAAAGCAUGUUUAUUAAAGACAGAGGGGGAAAAGCUGUUAAAGAGGCGCAGCUAGCCUCUUAGUAUCAGAUUCUUCUUGACUUGUCAGUCACGUUUUGGUGACAUGUUGGAAUCAUACUAAGUCUAUGCAGAAGUUUAUGAUGAUAACUGCAACAUGUAAGUCCACCUAAAGCUUUAACAGACUUUCCUUCAUUCCCAUUGGUUCCUAAUCACUUCCUGCCCCCCAUCUGACUUCCAUGUGGCUGUAAAUCUGGACGGAAAUGGGGCCUAAAGUCAUCUAGUGUGCCGCCAGUCCAAGAUACCAAAUUCCUGCUUCCAAUUCACAUUUUUGUUUGUUUCUGAGUUGAAAAUAAGUUCAUUUAGGACAACAAAUCCGUUAUGGUGACUGCCAUCGUUUGGCUUCAGAAACAAGUGGGUGAUGUCACCGAGGCUAUGUCCAUGUUUUAUACAGUUUCUGGUCUUUUAAGCAUAACUGAAGCCUAAGCAGGGCAUUCUUAGAAGGCAUAUGUAGCUACCUGUCAGUCUUAGGUAGCUGCAUCCUAAAUACCUUCCUUUAUCAUCUAUUUGGCUCUGAAUUGGACCAUAAGAAACCUAAGACUGAGUCCAUAAACUCGAUAAGAAAAUGCUAACUGAGGUAAUAAUUACAUGAGGAGGAAGCUUAUUUUUUCAUAAACUGCUACCGGAUCAGAUUCCCUUUUUUAAAUGAGUGGAGUGGAUGACUGCGGGUGAUCAGAUAGACCACAGGUUUCAGGAACUUCUGGAAUGGCUUUCCUUAUCAGUCAUGAAGGCUCUACCAACUUCUUAUUACACUCCAGGCAAAAAUAAUUAACCUUAAAGAUUCAAACUUCAGAAAGCAGUCCUUUUAUCGGGUUCAUUACCACAGUUUUCACAUUAGCAGAUUGAUUUUUUUAGGUUUCAUCUGGCAGAAAGAUGCAUGAGAUUUUUCUCCUUAAAAAGCUAUAAAAGUGACAUUACAUUAAGACACUAUGAGAGCCAACUGUAAGGGAAAAGUUCAGGACAGAACAGCUAAACUACUCCCACUUCUCAGCACAAAACAGCUGACAAACACAGUAAAAGACUUCCUGCAGAUUAUAGUUAAAAACUGAGCAGCUUAAGAGCCAGAUACUUCCCUCAGAAGUUGAUUUCCUCUGCACGCUUUCUCGCACAACACCAGGAUUAAUCUCUGGUGGCUGGUAUGAAUAAUCUUUAUUGUCCUAGAAAUGGUCCGUUCAAUCCUUCAAACACUGUAACUAAUGAAUAAAAUAUCCUCUUAUGUAAACAAACACAGCCCUGAUUCAUGCAUCCCUGAAGACCCUCGCUGUCUGCACAAACUGCCCAUAAGAGGGCGCCAAACUCAAACAACAUGCGAGUUGAGAAGAGGGUUCAAAGGACAGGGAUGGGCGUUGGUGAGGGUGAUGCUGAUAAGCAGAGAGAGAGAGCAGAGAGGCUGAGAGAGAUAAAGACAAAAUGAAGAGGGUCAGCUCAGGCCUUCAGUGACCAUAGUUCUAACUUCUUUACAGCCUUAUUUAUGAUUGCUUUGGCUCACAAAAUGGUAGAAUUCCCAUAUUAGGCAUGCUAAUGUCACAGCCAAAACCAUCUUUAACAUAAAGACAUGAAAUGUGAAAACACUUUGCAUUUAAGUUUCAUAAGACUGGUGUUUAGGAGGGAAAUGGAGAAGCUCAUAACUGUAUUCCUGCACAGUUUUUUGAUUUGCAAAAUACUUUUUCACCUCAUUCAAGUACCAGACUUUUAUCGGGCAAGGUUUGUUAAAAAGGCAAGCUACAAACCUGCAACCAUUAUUCAUUAUUGUAGUAAAAAAAAAAAAAAAAAAAAACAAUAGUAAUUGUCCACAUUUUAGGAGCAUUUUUGGUCUGUUCUAAUGCUGAGGUUAUCUUCUGGGAUGGUAAUUUGUCUCUAUUUUUGUUUUUUAAUUGAUUGUAAUAUUUCUAUUUCCAUCUUCAAGUUUUCAAGAAACGCACAUGAUUCAAAGUUAUAACAAUUUUCUUUAUUAGCAGUUAGUGUUUUGCACUUAUUGCCGUUAUUUAGAUUUGGAGCAGUGGCCGUUUUGGUAUCCCCCUGCCCUUCCACGAGCCUACAUGGUAAAAAGAAUCAAGCAGGAACAGAACAACAGAAUGACAUUAAGUCAGAAUCAGAAUAAAGGAGGAGCUGGGGUGGAGGCGGUUCACAAAAAAGCAGCUUGCAGAGGGAGAGUGAAGUGUAGCCAGGCUAGAGCAGUUUAGGUGUGGCAGUAUGAGAGUGAUUAGACAACAGCGCUUGCGUGAGAUUAGCUGAUGUCGAUUAUAUAGCAAUACUUACUAUAUGUCUUUAAAAUAUCCUGAAGAAUAUACUUACAUAACAUGAAUGCUCUCUCCCCACUCUCUGAUUACUGAUUAUACACAUGGUGAAAAAUAUCAUGGAGUUUAACAGUCAAGCACUAACAUAUUUUUCCUCAUUUUAGUCUGUUCAAUGAAAUUAAAUGUAGUUUUCAUGAGAGUUUAGUCACCAAUAAGCUAUGUUUGGUUAUAAUAAGUAAGGCCUCGUCCAUACGGAGACUAAUUCAGGAGUAUCUGCCACAGUUUUUUGUUGUAUUGACAUUUCAUCCCCACAGAAACAGUGUUUUAGGAGGCUGUAAACGCUACUUUUUGGUCCCAGAGCGAUCAAAUAUGUAAACGCUUACCGUUUCGUCUCUUUGUGGACAGCCAACCGCAUCUUUCUUGAAAUGAUUAUGUCACACAUCACGUAGGCCACUUACCCCGCAUGUGCAUGUCGAACCAAAACAACAAUGGCGGAUUAUGGGGUUGUGUUCACGGCAGAAGCUAUUGAGCUUUUUAAGGCUUUUACAGGAAAAUCUGAUGCUCCUUUACCACCACCAUGAACAGCACACACCAGAUGCUCUGAAAUCCACCGUGGAGAACCACAAGAAGGGCAACCAUCCUCUUCUCACUUUUGGUGCAUUUCCAUGGCAGCAAUGCAGCGCUACGUACAGGCUUAGCAUAUAUACUACAGCAUUUCCAGUUGUUUUUAAGAUUUCCCGUGCUUUUUGGAUAUUUCCUGAAACAGUCCCGUAUUUAUGGAACACUUUUUGAAAAUGAAAUGGAAAUAUAUUGUUUUCAUCUCCGUGUGGACAAGGCCUAAUUCAACAAACAUUUUUAAUCCUUGUUAAAGUUGAUGGAAAUAGCACUGGUCUAGGCUCAGUCCCAUGUCUUUUACUCCUAACCCUUACCCUGGUUUUCGAGUACUCAUCUUCUGUCUAUGAACCGGAACAGCCGGUCAGGUUCCUGGUAUGUCACCACUAGUCAUUACAUAAACAGAUGGCAAACAUAUUUCUACUGUGGGCAGUUUUUUUAAUGCUUGGUCUUGGAAAAAAACAACCAUUAUGCACUGAAACAUCGCUGAAUUAUUCAGAUUAGGAUUCAUAAAACUUUAUUGACCCUAAAGAGCAGCUCAGUUUGAUCAGUCUACCCAGACCAAACAUGUACAGAUACAGCAGGAUGUCAGAGACAACAGUAACGACACACUCCAGAAUCAUAAAUGCAUAUUAGGAACAACAAAUAAAUAAAUAAGUAGAUAAGACAUAUGAAAAUGCAUUGCACAUUACAUUAAAGUUUACACAAUAAGGAUUUGUUUUCAAUAAAUAUAUAUGAUGGCUGUUGUAGUCUUUAAAACUUAUUUAUGACUGCCAUAAUGAUGACUGGUUGCAGGUUUGUUGCCACUUCCUGUUUUAGCUUUCCUGCCUGCUUUUAUAAUAAAUGUAGUAAGAUAAGCAUCGGUUUGCAGAUGCAUAACCAUCAAAAAGCAAAGUAUAAACAAAGAAAAUAAAGAUUCUUGAACAUAAUUCUAGAAAAACAAACGUUUGACUCAUGUAUGAGGUUGAAAGUGCUGGAAAUGUUUUAUUUCUAACGUGACAGAAGUGUUUUUGUUUUUUGCAAAGGUAAGACGUCAGCAUGUCAGUCGUGAUUAGUUUCCAGUUUAAUACUGGUGCUAAUCAGAAGUAGAACACUUAAAACAUAAAUGACAGCUAUUAUUCACAAUGAGGCCUGAGUUUUAGUCCCAUUAAGAACCCUGGUUGAUGGAUAAUCAUCAUAAAAAGCACACUGCAGGAUCUGCCUGGUGUUUUUUCUAUCACAUUUAGACCAGCCCUCCUCCACGUCCAGGCCAAGCCCUCAAAGUGUCGGCGCUUUAACAGGAUUACUGGUCACUUAGUGUCAUUGUCCUCUUUGGCAAACAGUCGUUAUUCCACACAUUAUUACUUGGCUGUGACUUAAAGAAGAGCGCUGUGGUUUAUUUUCUUAAGACUGGUGAGAACGCUGCUGUGUGAAAAACCGAGAUUUCUUUUUUUUUUACAUUUAUGAUAUUGAUAAUGAUGAUUCCUCUCUCUGGUGUGCAUUCCAAGUCUUAUCAAUAUUCAAAUGUGAUCAGAUGUAAUCAGUGUGUGAACCAAUAAAAUGACAA